AUGAAUCCUGCAGAGUCUUUACCGCCUGGUUGGGAAAUGCGAUUCGAUCCGAGAACAGGAAGAUGGUAUUUCGUAGAUCAUAACACCAGGUCUACACAAUGGGAACAUCCUGUAACAAAUAAGGCGUAUUCACCUCAACCAACUAGAAAUGUUAAUAUCAAUAAUAAUAAUAAUAAUAAUAAUAAUAAUAAUAAUAAUAAUAAUAAUAAUAAUGGCGAACAAGAUUGUGAACAGCAGGUAACCAAUGCAAAAAUUUCUAACUGCGAAAGUAUAAUCACUGAUGUCAUUUCAAAGGCACGUGCUCUACAACCAGAAAUAAAUCGUUUUGAAGGUUCACCUCAUAGUAAAGAGUACCGAUGUCUUAUGGAGAGUAUGGAACAAAUGAUAUUAAAUCUGGAUGCAUUAAAUAUGGAUGGAAAUGAAGACUAUAGGUCAAUGCGACGGGAUGCUGUCAAAGAAAUCCAACAGUUAAUAGAAAUGUUAGAUUAUCGUUCACAGAUUUCUUCUACUCAAAAUGAUAGUAAUCUCCUCCGUCUCAUCUUCCCUACACUCUGUGUAUCUUUAAACCUGGCUAUACUUACUUUACCCCUUAUAUUGCUGAGUAAAUGAAGUUAACUGUGUGGUGCACAUAUGUGUUUAUAUACACACAUACGUCCACGGUAUAUCGCAUGAGUUCUUCUGCUUACCACUUGCUUACGAUGCGUUUUCAGGUGUUUUUUGUCUUAUCGUAUUUCAGUUCGAUUUUCUGUUGAAAUUACCGGCUUACAACUUUCGUGCAAACCAUAUCACACUUGAGAUCUCAUCAAUAGAAGAUCAUCAAUAUAUACAUAUACAUGCAUGUAGUUACUUGUGAAUAGACCACACAUACAUACAUUGUUGCAGUAAAAGACCACUACUGGGAUUAACUAACUACUUUUGAAUGCCCUGAUUUCUCUUCAAUUUCAUUUCUUUUACAACUGUCUCUCUCUUUUCCUCUCUCUCUCUCUCCGUCCUACGAAAUUUUUGAAAUUUAUUAUUUUUUCAAUAUAAUCUCCUCUUUGAAAAAAUGGCGUCGUAGUAGUAGUGGUAUUUCGUUUUGCUGUGUCUUUCAGUAUUUUUUUGUUGUUAACAUAUUGUAAAAAGAAAGAUCAAAUGAAUUCCAAACGACCUUUUUAUCAAGUUUACAUUUUAAUCAGUUUGUGUACCAAUGUAUAUUCUCCCGUGUUCCCCCCACCUCACUUUGUCUCGCGUUUUUGUUACAGUAUUGCUUUAUCAUUCGUUGUCAUGACAAGUUUCUCAAUUCUUAAAUGGCUGACGUAUGUGCAUGUAUGCAUGCGUGUGUGUGCAUGGGGGUGUAUUUGUCUGUUUGUUUGUUUGUUUGUUGAAAUGUCCAGAAUUUCUCAGGACAAUCUCAAAUCCACUUUCCAUUACCUUGAAAGGAUUAAUUGACACUGUGUAAUAAUUCCCUAAUCCGCCUUCCUGUCAUGUUGUAUUCUUUUUCUCUCUCCUUCUUCUGGGCUGUAUCUUCCAUUGUUAUGCUGUUUUUCUUUUUUUGGAAAAAAAAUUCACAAAGAUUGUUGAUUAAAACAGAAACGGUAUAUUUUUGUCGCAUUACA